CAGCAGCAGUGGCUUCCUGGUGGUAUCUCGGCCAUGACACACAUUUGACAUGCCCUCCUUCAAACCACUCGCAGAUUCUUUCUCUAGCUCUGCAGCAUGGACCAAAGAGAAAUUCUGCAGCAGUUACUGAAGGAGGCCCAAAGCAAGAAAAUUAACAAUAAGGAGUUUGCCAAUGAAUUUCUGAAGCUGAAAAGGCAGUCUACCAAGCACAAGGCAGACAAAACAUAUCCUACAUCAGUGGCUCAGAGGCCCAAGAAUAUCAAGAAAAACAGAUAUAAGGAUAUUUUGCCCUAUGAUCAUAGCCUGGUAGAGCUGUCUCUGAUAACUUCUGAUGAGGAUUCCAGCUACAUCAAUGCCAAUUUUAUUAAGGGAGUUUAUGGUCCCAGGGCUUACAUUGCCACCCAGGGUCCUUUAUCUACAACUCUCCUGGACUUCUGGAGGAUGAUUUGGGAAUACAGUGUCCUGGUCAUUGUUAUGGCAUGCAUGGAGUUUGAAAUGGGGAAGAGAAAGUGUGAGCGCUACUGGGCCGAGCCAGGAGAGAUGCAGCUGCAAUUGGGCCCUUUCUCCAUAUCCUGUGAAGCGGAGAAAAAGAAAUCCGAUUAUAUAAUCAGGACUCUGAAAGCCAAGUUUAAUAGUGAAACUCGAAUUAUUUACCAGUUUCAUUACAAGAACUGGCCAGACCAUGAUGUGCCUUCAUCUAUAGACCCCAUCCUUGAGCUCAUCUGGGAUAUGCGCUGUUACCAAGAAGAUGACAGCGUGCCCAUAUGUGUUCAUUGCAGUGCCGGCUGUGGAAGGACAGGUGUCAUUUGUGCUAUUGAUUAUACGUGGAUGCUCCUGAAAGACGGGGAGGUCCUGAGUAUGAUCCCCACAAUGACGAAGUGUGAUCUCUACACUGAAGGAUCAACGUUACCUAGGAAUUUGGUAGAAAUAAAAAUUAUUCCUGAAAACUUCAGUGUUUUUAAUUUGAUCCAAGAAAUGCGAACACAGAGGCCUUCACUAGUUCAAACUCAGGAACAAUACGAACUGGUCUACAAUGCUGUACUAGAACUAUUCAAGAGGCACAUGGGUAUUAUUGAAGAUAAACACUCCAGAAGAGAGAGUCAAGCAGAAUAUUCAAUUCCUGAGCAAAAUCUCAUUGUACAAGCAGACCCUUGUCCUCUGAAUUUACAAAAAAACACCAUGAAAGAUGCAAAAAUGAUAAGGCAACAGAACAAACAAAAGGUUAAAGUGGGAAACACAGAAACGUCUUCCUUUGACUUUAAGGCUUCCAAAGCAAGUGCCAAGGAAGAGUUAGUUUUGCACACUGUUAGGACAAGCCCUUCUUUGGAAUUUUUAGAGCUAAAUUGCGGUUGUAACUACAAUGUUGACUUAACCAGGGAAGAGCAUACAAAAGCACUUCCAAUGAUGCAGGAAGCUCUUCAGAAGUAUCAAAGUCUGGAUUUCAGUUCCGUUUUGUUUGGGGUGUGUCCUAAUUCUCCAGGUGUAAAUGGAGCAGGAAGGUGUCUUAAUUCAAAGGGGCCAGUGACACGGACCAAAUCAACUCCUUUUGAAUUGAUUCAGAAGAGAAAAACAAAGGAAUUGGACAUGGAGGACGGUUUUUCAUGUUUGGAAUCUCAAUCGCAUGAUUCGUGUCUUAGGGAACUGCAGGCUCAAAAAUUGAGGCAUGCUUCUUCAGAAGAACUCAAUUAUUCACUGCCACGUGACGCUGAGCACCACACUUGUGAGGCCUCUCAUGCAAAGCAGCACAACUCCAGCCCUUUCAGAGUGUAUUCUUGCACGUCUCUAACAGAAGAUCCUUAUUUUUCAUCAUCUCCUCCAAGUAGUGCUGAUUCUAAGAUGUCCCUUGAUCUGCCUGAGAAGCAACAUGGAGUUUCUUUUCCUUGUGCUUUGUUGCCAGCCUCUUCCACAACCCUCUUUUCUUAUAGAAAAUCACAUGAUUCUUUAACCCUGAGCCCUCUGAUCAAUUUUUCCCCACCGUUAAACCAAGAGCCAGCUUUAGUAGAAACUUCUCCAAAAGUAGAUGAUGAAAUUCCCCCUCCACUCCCUGAACGGACACCAGAGUCUUUUAUUGUGGUUGAGGAAGAUGAAGAAUUCUCACCAAGUGUUCCUGAAACCUCAACUUCAGUAGUAAAGGUAAGAAUUGGAGCAUCACUGGAAUGGAGUGGAACAUCUGAACCAAAGAUUGAUGACUCUGUGAGACUUAGGCCAAGCAAGAGCGUGAAACUCCGAAGAAGUCCCAGAUCAGAUCUACAAGAGGAUUGUUCUCCCCCACCUCCACUCCCAGAAAGAACGCUGGAGUCCUUCUUUCUUGCUGAUGAGGACUGUAUGCAGGCCCAACCCAUAGAAACUUAUUCCACUAGCUGUCCAGAAACCACGGAAAGCUCAACAUCUUCUAAACAAACAUUGAAGACUCCUGGAAAAAGUUUCGCAAGGAGUAAGAGUUUGAGAAUUUUCCAAAAUAUGAAAAAAAAUAUCUGUAAUUCUUCCUCACCAAGCAAGCCUGCAGAAUGUGUUCAGUCAAAAAAUUCUAGCUCCUUUCUGAAUUUUGGUUUUGGAAAUCGUUUUUCAAAACCCAAAGGACCAAGGAACCCACCACCAACAUGGAAUAUUUAAUACAACUCUGGAUUUAUAAAAAUAUAGACUGUAGAUAUGCUUGCAAAUAAAACCGCUAGAAUAUUGCUUCUAUAAUAAAUGUUGCAUUGUCAUAGUAUCAACAAUAAAGAUAAUUGGUGUUAAUACUUUUAAAGGAAAGCAAUAUGUGGGGAAAAUGCCAGCAACUUUGUAUUUUCAUAUUGUUUACAUUUGGUUGGAAAUGGCAAAUAAAAUUUA